GGGCAGCCGCCAUUUUGUCCUGCGGUGGCUGGGUAUUUAGAGCGAGCCGCGAGCGCAGUGGCAGAGCCACAGCUGUGGGGCGAGGAGGGGAGAACGGAGCGAGCGGGAGAGCGACGCCGCCGUCGCUGUCGCCGACAGUAACAACGAGGCCCACCAUCUUGCAGCGCCCACCGCGACCGCUUGUCAGGACAUUUAAUACCACCCGGCGGAGGAGGGAAGGGAAGGAAGAAAAAUCAGCUGUAGCCGCCGCAGUAGACGGAUAAGGAGCCCCGUCCAACGCCGCCUUUUGCAGCCUCUCCUCUUCCUCCUGCCCGUUUUUCAUAUAUAUUUAUAUAUUAUAUUGUUGGGUUUUUUUUUUUUUUAAAAAAUCCUCCUCUGCUUGUCGCAGCUCCGCCAUGACGACCGCAGCUCCCGGUCCCGAGUAUUCCUCCUUCUUCGCCGUCAUGGGCGCCUCGGCUGCCAUGGUCUUCAGCGCGUUGGGAGCUGCAUAUGGCACAGCGAAGAGCGGUACAGGUAUUGCAGCCAUGUCUGUAAUGCGGCCAGAGCUGAUCAUGAAGUCCAUCAUUCCUGUUGUCAUGGCGGGUAUUAUAGCAAUCUAUGGCUUGGUCGUGGCAGUCCUUAUUGCCAACAAUCUCUCACAUGACGUCUCAUUAUACAAGAGCUUCCUUGAUCUGGGUGCUGGUCUGAGCGUUGGCCUUAGUGGGCUGGCGGCAGGCUUUGCCAUCGGCAUAGUGGGUGAUGCAGGCGUACGGGGAACAGCACAACAGCCUAGGUUAUUUGUGGGCAUGAUCCUGAUCUUGAUCUUCGCUGAAGUUUUGGGUCUGUAUGGGCUCAUUGUUGCCCUUAUCCUUUCCACAAAAGGAUAAAAAAAAACCACAGAGUAUGAUGUGUAAAAAAAAAAAAAAUAAAUCUGAAAAACAAACUAAUCUCCAGAAUGAAAAUGGUCUCUCCACAAUGUGUACAGUUGUUAUCAGUUUGGUAGUUGAUCUCUUGUAAAUGCGCAAUGUAUGUUAGUGACUCGUCUGUCCUGUGUGUACUUCAAUAUUAAAAUUGGAUGAGCUGCCUCAAGCCUAGGUAGGGCUUGAGGGAAGCUCAUGUGCAAUUUUCCAUCUAUUUGCCAUUAGAGUACUUUAUGUAUAAAUAUGAACUAGAAAUUGUAACUUUUUUCUCUUCACUGGAUGUUUUAUUUAUAAGACUUGACAUGUCCAUACAUAUGGAGCAAGAGUUUUCAAUUUCCCAUGCUAUAUAUAUUAAUCUCAUAUAUAGGUAGAUUAAUACACUGUGGGGUUAAUUGUAUCUGCAGAGAAAUCCUUGGAUGUAAUUUGAUUCUCAAAAGAUUGCUGUCGUGUCCUGGUAUUGGAGUGUGAGACUGUUUGUGUUUAUACAAAUAACAGCAAAAUGUCAGACACUCCUGUGUUCCCAGUAGUAAAAAAAAAAAAUCUGUAUGCUUCGGCAUCAAAGUUGUGCUCCCAGUGAUGGGUUUUGCAGUUAUACGUUUCCAGAUAAUAAAACUUCCUCCACUACAUCAUUGUAAA